UAUCCCUGAAUCUUUCUGUUGUUCCUCUUGAUCUGUUGGAUAUUCACUUGUUUCUGGUCUUUUAGGUGGUCUAUGUAUACUCUGUUGUGGUGUCUAGGUGGUCUAUGUAUAUGUAUAUCUAUAUGUAUAUGUGUGUGUGUGUGUUUUUUUUUUUUUUUUUCAUUCUCUAAUACACGAAAUAAAUGAGGCCGCAGAUAUGAUUCUUUGAUGUGGUGGUGCCCCAGAUGUUCGAGUCGAUAGCCCCUCCGGUACUGUAAAUUUAAAAUUUGUACCUCUCGUGAAGGAACUGGUCGCACCUACUUUACUCCAGUCUUCACAAUUCAAAGAUUGAAACCCAAGUGUACUCAAAUGCAUGACAGCCUUUUCCUUCUCUCGCCAACAUCUCUCCCUGGUGAAAUUGGCUCGUAUUUCGAGCCCGAAAGAUCAACGAACCUGCCUCGCUUAUUUCAGAAAGAAAGCAACACAACGAUUAAUCACCGCCCGUUUCUCCCCAAUUAUACAUCUCAGUUCAGUCAGUUGGGAGAAAAAACAACCAGGAGAUUCCCCUGCAUCUCCAAAUACAUGAAACUCAUUAAUACUACCCGCUUCUCAAAAACCAGCUCCCUCUGGAUUAGUCACUUUCACCUUCCACGUACACAUGCAUUCACCUCUGUGUGAAAAUGUCGCUGUGAAACAACAAUAUAUGUACACACCCGUCAUUCAUAUGAAUCAUGAAUCAUGAUCAGCCGUAACUUAGAGCAGAAAAGAACAGGAAGCGAAAAUGGAGCAUCAAUUGAAGGAGCUGAUGGGGAAGAGGAGCAGACUUUCUGCUGAAGGAGUCGAAACAGAAGAUUAUGUUCGUGUCAAGGCAAGAAGGGGUGAAGCAACCGACAGUCACAGCCUAGCGGAAAGGGCAAGAAGAGCGCAAAUCCGAAUGAGAAUGAAACUCUUGCAAUCACUUGUUCCUGGAUGCGAUAAGAUAACUGGAAAGGCACAUAUACUGGAUGAGAUUAUCAAAUAUGUUCAAUUGCUACAGAAUCAAGUAGAGUCCCUUGCGGCAAAGCUUGCUUUUGUGGAUCUCAUGCUAUACGACUGUGAGCCGAAUGCAAGCGGAAAUGCAUGUGUUCCUGAGGGGCUGUUGCCGUCUGUGCCAGAGUCUAGCUCUAUCCCGUUCAUGUCUUUUGCAGACGGUGGGGUAAGCGAUUCUGCUUCCCUUUUGCUCAAAGAGGAUCAGAUAGCUACUCUAAUCCCUCAGGCAAACGAUAAACAUCAAGUUCUGUAACUUGAACGGGUUCAUGUGGACCGACUAUUAUUUGCGGUUAAAAGCAGACUGAAUCAGAUGUUGAAGCAGUGUACUCCAUUACUAAAUUACUUGCUAUCAUCUGCCUAUUCAUUCGAUCUGCUGUGUACUAAUGAGGAUCAUUGUCCUGUUAUAGUGAAGCUAAAUAACCUCCAUUAGAUAGAAUGUUGUAUCGAUCUCCUCCAAGUCCUCUUGACUUUCUAUGGUAGUGUAUUAAAUAUGCUCUAUGGUGACUGAUGAAUUCAUGUCCAAACGUA